AUGAAUAUCGAAAGCUGCCUACUUGAAGCAAGUGGCUUGACCUCAUUGGCUGGUGCUCAAGCUCCGCAAGCGCGCAUCAGCCCGCAAGCCCAAGAUGUCAUCGAUCUGCCAGACCCCAGUCACGCUUUGUUCAGCUACUACAGCUACAUCACAGAAGACUCGGGCCCGAGGAUGCGUCACAAGAAAGAUGGCUACCGCGGCAAGGGCAAAAAAUAUUCCAGUACCCCUCGACACCAAGAGCAUCAAGAUGAUGACGAACAACAAGAGGCGACUGGCAAGCGACCACCUUUCAAAGCUGCAUGCUGGGAUCUGGAGCACUGCGAUCCAAAGAGAUGCUCGGGUAAAAGGCUCAUGCAUUUUGGCCUUAUGAGGGAACUCCCUGUGGGCAAGAAGUUUCCUGGUGUCGUUAUUACGCCGACUGCAAAAGAAGUCAUCUCACCAACGGACAACGAUCUUCUCGAACAAUAUGGCGCUGCUGUGGUGGAAUGCUCAUGGGUGAGAGUCGCAGAGAUUCCCAAGGGCAAAAUAGGUGGUAAAUGUGAAAGAUUAUUACCAUACUUGGUGGCGGCAAAUUCGGUCAACUAUGGAAGACCAUGGCGGCUGAACUGUGCCGAAGCGCUAGCAGCUUGCUUCUACAUCUGCGGUCAUGAAGACUGGGCUCAUGAAGUCGUUGCUCACUUUUCCUAUGGCGAAACAUUCCUCCAGAUCAAUUCGCAAUUACUCAAACGCUACGCAGCAUGUUCUAAUGCUGCGGAGGUUAAGAAAGCAGAGGAAAAUUGGCUAGCGAAAAUUGAGCGAGAAUAUUCAGAGAGCAGAGUCGAGGCUGAUAUUGCAGGGAAUGGAGACGCAUGGGCAGGCGGCAACAUAAACCGCAGAUCGUUUCACGACUCCAGCGACGAAGAUGACUCUGACGUCGCUCAGGGCUCCGAGGGUGAGGAUACUGAGGCAGGUGGAGUUCAAUUAGAAGACCGUCCAAUUGACAUUCUUAAUGAGAGCGAGGAAGAUGAUGAGGAAGAAAUGGCAGACCUGCGAAGGCGCGUGCUAGCCUCGAAGCCUUUUGCCAACCCAGCCAAAGACGAUAGGCCUAUUAUGGACACGAUACCUCGGCCUCUAAACCAACAGCUACACGAUUCUGAUGCUGAAUCAGGUUCUGAUCUAGAGGAUAACGAAGCCUUCAAUACUAUCAUAGAUGCAACUCCGGUCACAAAUCGGACAGGCCUCAAUAUAAAGCAGCGGGCGCGUUAA